CUUGGCCACGCAGAGAUGAUUCUUGGUGGGGAGGCCUCAUCGUCUGCAUUAGCAAACGAAAAACAAGGGUAAAGGGGCACCUUAAAGACCAACCAAACGUUUCCCAGAAUGAGCUCCCUAGAGCGGGAGCUCCCUGGCUCAGACUCGGCAGCGCGUGUGCAUUCAUUGCGCAAGGCUGCCCGCGUAACAGAGGAAGACUUUGGCGCAGCUGAGCCAAGGAGGAAUGGGGGGGGGGCUCGUCUCCUUAGGUCUGCCCCCCCCCCCGAAACCCGGCUUUUGGCCGGGGUGGGGCAGAACAGGGCCGGGCUAGGAGCGCUCGUGGGUCCCCGCCCUGGGAGCGUCUGCCAAGGAGGAAGGGCGAGCGCGGCGGGCAGGGCGCGUUGCCAACCCGGCGCCCGCGCCAUUCCCGGGCGACUGGCUUUUCCGGAGGUUUGGCAACGGGCCGGGGAGGUCCGGGCGAGCCACGCCGCAGAGCCGCCCCGCGGGGGACGCGCUGAAGACGGCGGGGUGCAGCCACCGCCGGGGAAGGCGGCCCUUUGCCCCAGCCGACCUGGCCCGGAGAGGAUGGACGUGGAAGGGGCCGCCGGGACCGGCGACGAGAAGGGCGACCCCAGCUCCCUCCCGGGGCCGGGCGGCUUCCAGGUCUACCGGAGGCGCUGGCUGGUGCUGGCCGUGGUGUGCCUGCUCAACUGCUCCAAUGCCAUGCUCUGGUUGACAUUUGCUCCAGUGGCUGAUAAAACGGCCGAACACUUCCACAUUACACUGGAUAUAGUCAACUGGCUCUCUCUUGUGUACCUGGUGAUCUCUGUUCCGUUCGGGCUGGUAGCCAUAUGGAUGCUGGACACCCUUGGACUUAAAUGUGUUGUGAUGCUUUGUGCCUGGCUGAACAUGGUGGGAAGCAUUGUCCGAGUGCUCAGCAUCGUUGACCUCCUGAGUCUAAGUUCCUUCAAUGUUGUCUACCUUCUCGUAGGACAGUGCCUCUGUGCUAUGGCCCAGCCACUCAUUGUGUUUGCGCCAACCAAACUGGCAGCCGUGUGGUUCCCUGAUCACCAGAGAGCCACAGCCAAUAUGAUUGCCUCAAUGUCCAAUCCACUGGGCAUUCUUAUAGCUAACAUACUGUCUCCGGCUCUUGUGCAUGAAGAAAAAGAUAUCCCUUUAAUGCUUGGAGUGUAUGCUGGGCCUGCCAUCUUGGCCUGCGUUUUAACCACAGUGGGUAUUCACAAAAAGGAGCCUCCGACACCCCCCUCAGCCAGCGCGAGUCAGGCUAAUUCCCAGUCAGUCUUCACAGGUUUGAAGAUGCUUUUUAAGAAUAAGGCUUACCUCGUCUUGGCACUCUCCAUCGGAGGAGGGGUCGGACUCUUCACCUGUUACACUGCUCUGCUGGAACAGAUCCUGUGUGUAAUGGGCUAUUCGAAUUUUUUUGCAGGCCUGUGUGGUGCCUUGUUCACCGUUUCUGGGCUAAUCGGUGCCUUCUUUCUUGGGCUCUACGUGGAUCGGACCAAGAAAUUUAUAGAAUCCACCAAGAUUGGUUUUUGUUUAACUGCACUGGCUAGCAUUGCAUUUGCAGUGGUGUCUCAGUUUAGGAACCAAGCCUAUGCAUUGGCGGUGAUCAGCUCUCUCUUUGGGUUUUUCGGAUUUGCGAUUUAUCCGGUUGCUAUGGAACUCGCUGUGGAAUGUUCUUACCCUGUGGGAGAAGGAACAUCAUCUGGGCUAAUUUUUGUCUCCAGCCAGAUCCUCGGAGUUAUUUUCAUGGUCUUGCUUCAAAGCCUGGCUGUGGAAAAGAAAAACGCCUCGUUUUCUACCUGCACAGUAGCUCAAGGAGGAGCCCUGGAUUGGUCAACUUCGGCACUGGUGCUAGCAGGACUCUGCAGCCUGAUAGCCUGUUUCUACGUGGUGGCUUUUCAUACCAACUACAGGAGGAUCUACGCAGAGAUGUCAAAUAGCUGUUCAAUCAACAAAACAGACGAUUACAUAACAGAAGCAGGACAACAAGAAAAAGAUACUGAUUGAACUCUGGACUAACUGAAGGGCCACGAAACCGUGGACACUUUUUGGACCUCAAGUGCCAUAACCUGCAUAAUAAAUUAUACUUUGUACAGUAAAUUAUACUUUGAUGAGAACUGGCUGGAGCAAAGUCACUUCUUGAUGUAUGCCCACCCAAGGCAACACCCCCCCCCCCCCAGGAAACUGGCAGCUUGGCAAGCAGAAGUAUGACAUCCAUUGGGAGAUCGUGCUGGGAUCCAGGAAAGGCAACGAGAAGGGGGUCAAGCCAGAAAAGCGAAUGAAGAAGCAAGGGGCAAAGCCAGACUGAGGAAAAGACUUGUUUCUUUCUCAUUGCACAUGUGUGCACAUGCGCGCGCGCACACACAAAAAUAAUAAUAAACUAGCGGGGCCUG